UUGCAAUGAGUAUGCCUCUCUCUAGCUCGUGUAUAGUCCAUUUGUUUCCCUGUGUAAAGGAGUUGUUCAGUGCUUUUUCGGCGGGUUUGGAAGUGUCUGAAGGACUGGGUUCUUGCAGCCUCAUCUCCGCCUCCCGCCCCCUCUCCUGCCUCCCCUCCAGCUCCUGGCUAGAGGAGAGACUCUGUCAAUCGUGGGCAAAAAGACAGAGCAGACAAAAGGUCAUUUGUAAAGAACUCCUUCCAGCCCCUCUUCUCUUCUCCUCCUGCUCAAACUCAGAGCUUGGGCAUUUAAUAAGACUUCUCUGCCAAGAAGAUUGAAAAGGAGAGAAGGCGAAGAAAGGAAAGAAGGUGAAGACAGAGCAUUCUCCUGAGUCAAAAGAUUAGGAGAUAAAGAACAGCACCUAUAACUCAACUUCCUGACCACCAGACAGGUUAAAAAAAAAACUCAGUGAAUUGCAUAAACUCGGAGAAAAAUUGAUACUAAAAACUGAAAGGCAAAAUGAAAACAACAGCACUGCUGGUUUUGCUGAAUUUGUUGUUAGGGGCACAUGCCAUGUCCACCAGCCGUCUCUCAUGCUACAGGAAGAUUUUAAAAGAUCGCAACUGUCACAAUAUUCCUGAAGGAGUGGCAGACCUUAAACAGAUUGAUGGACAUCUCCAGGACCACUUUUGGGAUGGAAAAGGGUGCGAGAUGAUCUGUUAUUGCAACUUCAGUGAAUUGUUGUGCUGCCCAAAAGACAUCUUCUUUGGGCCAAAAAUCUCUUUUGUGAUCCCUUGCAACAACCAGUGAGAAUCUUCAUGAUAUUAUCUAUAGAAUGCAAGAUAUGAAUCGCAGCUUAUCCAGGUUCAAAUUCUGCCUCCAGCUCUUACUAACUGUGAUCUUGAAGAAACUGCUUAAUCUUUUGGAGCCUAAGAUGCUUAUCUGUAAAAUGGAGAUACUAGAACCUACCUCCUAAAGAUGUUAUAUAAGGAUCAAAUGAGAUCAAAUGCUUUGCAAAACCUUGAAGUGUCAUAUGUAUUCUAGAGCAUUCCCCCAACAAAUUUGUACAAUUAUCAUCAUAAUAAAACCUUUAAUCAUUA